AUGCCCCAUUCUCGACAAGAAUCGUACGCCUCGUCCUUUGUGUCGUCCUCGGCGCUGGGACUAGGUAUUUCGAACCCGAGCUCCAAGUCGGCCACGGCGAAAAACCCGGUCAAGAUAGGGCCCUGGAAGUUGGGCAAGACGCUGGGCAAGGGCUCCACCGGCCGCGUUUUGCUCGCCACUAACGUCCACACGGGGCAGAAGGCCGCCGUCAAAGUCGUUUCUAAGAGCAUGCUGGGCUCCGACGGCCACGACGCGUCGCCGCCGGACGCCAGCCUCAGCUACGGCAUCGAGCGCGAAAUCAUCAUCAUGAAGCUGCUCAACCACAAGAACGUGCUGAGGCUCUACGACGUGUGGGAAACAGACACUGCCUUAUACUUGGUGCUGGAGUACGUCGAAGGCGGCGAACUGUUUGACCUCCUGGUAGAAUCCGGCCCGCUGCCCGAAAACACGGCUGUGGAGUUUUUCAGACAAAUUAUUCUCGGAGCGUCGUACUGUCACAGCCUCGGCAUCUGCCACAGAGACCUCAAGCCCGAGAACCUGCUGCUGGACAAGCAGUAUAACGUCAAGAUCGCGGACUUCGGCAUGGCCGCGCUCGAGUCCAGCGACCGUCUGCUCGAGACCUCGUGCGGGUCGCCCCACUACGCUGCACCGGAAAUCGUGAGCGGGCUGCAGUAUCACGGCGCAGAGUCGGACGUGUGGUCCUGCGGCGUGAUCCUGUUUGCGCUGCUGACGGGCAGACUGCCAUUUGACGACGAAAACAUCCGCGAGCUGCUGCUGAAGGUACAGAAGGGUAGCUACGAGAUCCACGAAGACCUGUCGCCCGAGGCACAGGACCUGAUCGCGCAGAUGCUCACGGUAGACCCAGAGGCGCGCAUCAAGACCAGAGACGUGCUCAAACACCCGCUCAUCACAAAGUACCCGUUCAACAAGCAGGACCACGAGGACUACCUCAACCUACCAAACCCCAACUCGGCCACGCAGCCGGUGAGGUCACGUGACGAGAUCGACAGACAGAUCCUGGAGAACCUGGUGAUCCUGUGGCACGGGCGCGAUGCGGAGUCGAUUGUCGAGAGUCUGCUGAGCUCGGCGGCGAACCCGGAGAAGACGUUCUACUCGCUACUGUUGCGGUACCGCCACGACCACCACGACCAGGGCCAGGCGCUUGUGCGGUCGUCGUCGGUGAUUUCGCGCGUCACGCCCGGUUCGAGCGAGACGGGCUCACCCAGCAGACGGCGCUCCGUGCGCAAUUUCAGCGUGGGCACCUCUGCGAACCGGCCUGUGUCGUUCCAGCGGUCCAAGACCGACAGGUCUGGCGAACGGUCGCCGUUCCGGAAGCGGGCGUCGGUGAGCAGCAAGCGCAACUCGAUGGUUUUCGCCGACAAGGGCGUUUCGAAGCGCUCGUCCAGCACGAUGCUCAAGCGGAACAGCGUCACGUCAAAGCUGCUGUCGACGUAUGCGAAACUCGCGGCGAUCGACGAGAAAAAAUCGAAAAACGUCGAGGAGUACGGUAAGCGUGCGUCAGCGGACUUUGCGACGCUGUGCGACAUGCUGUUCGACGGCAAGUCGGGCCGGCUCAGCACGUCCAGCUCGCUGGCGACGAUCAGCGCCAUGUUGAUGGAGGAGGAGCGGCCUGCUCGACAGUCCAAAAAGGCUGCGAGACAGUCGCUGAUCCACGCGAAAAAGCGUCAAUCGACGUUUGCGUCGCUUUUCGACGCGGCAGCCCAGGCCAGCUCGGCAAGCUCCACCGUUUCCUCGCAGUCUGUGCACAGCUCAUCCAGUCACUCGCUUGCCAGCAAGAGAUACUCGUCAAACCCGAUAGAGCGCAUAUCGCGCAUUCUCAACGCAUCCGACCUAGACAAGAUUAAUAGGCGUUCUGUGUCACACGGGCGAGUGCCGUCUGUGAACCCGCCGCCGAAGCCGGUCACCAAGCUUGAUCCGCGUGCCAAGGCGUACGAAAAGUACCAGAAGCGCGUCUCGCAGACACUGGAGAAGAUGUUGAAGCAGAAGGAGGAAGACGAGAGACGGGCCAAGGAGCAGGCGGAGCAGGAGCAGGAAGAGCAGGAAAAAGACGAGGACGAGGUCCAGGACAAGCAGGACGCAGAAAAGCCCAAAAGGGUCAAGAACCCGCAGAAAAUCUCCGACGUGACGAUUCCACAGGUGACGCGCAAGUCGAAGCAUUUCUCCGACAACAAGAGGCUCAGCGUGCUGUCGAUCUACUCUGCCAGCAACCUCAAGGACGCAGCCACAUUGGACCGCACGUCCAAGGGCACGCGGCUGAGCAUGGUUUUCCAGGACGAUUUGGACGCUCACGCAGAUGACACCGUAGACAUGAAUUUGCAACUGGACAAAGACGAGGGCCUGUAUUUCGUGGAUGACAAGAGGAAGAGCACCAAGAAGAAGUCGAUGCUGCUGUCGUCAGAGGACAUUCCAAACCUCAACUACAAAGCGUCCAGAGACACGAUGAUCUCGGCCAACUCUGCCGAGAAGAGCCUUUAUAAGUCGCUCAGACUGCCGGAGAUCCCUGGCUCGCCAAUCAAAGAAGAUAAGGUGGAAGUCUACAAGGAGAACGCAAUAGACCGGCCAGAGUCGCCUGUGGUGGCCAGCAAAAAGAAUGACGGUUCGCUGCAGUUCAGCAAGCAGCGCAAACCGCUUGGAGAGCUGGACCAGCAAAAACAGAGCAACGAGGCCAACAGACGCGCGGGCUCGGGCGGAUCGUUCUUCCGCAAGCUGUCGUUUGGCACGAGAAAGAAGAGCGACGCCAGAGACACUAAAGAGACGAGGAGAAAAGUGAGUAUUACACAGGCGUUCCUGGCUCUGUUUACGGGCGAGAUUGCGGAGCAGCAGGAAACCAAGGAAUUGCACACUGUUCUGGGCGAGGACGACCUGUUCGAGGCGCUCAUAUCGCUGCUGGUCAGCUGGAAACAACAUGGUAUCACCGACUUGCAGGCCAAUAAAGAGACGCGGCGGUUGGUGGCCACGGUCUCGAAACACAACUCGUUCGGGCUCAAGGCGUGUAAAUUCGAAUGCCAGACGUAUCCUGAGGAGAAUGGCUCGCUGCUGGUGUUCACAAACCUUAAAGGUCCGUCGCGCAGCUUCUCGAAGCUCACGCGCGAGACCGAGCGGAUCCUCGAGAAGGAGAGCAUUUUGGUAUAA